AUGGACGACUCAAGCUAUCCGCUGGUCACUCGGCUCAUUCUAAACUACUCUCAAUGCGGUGUAAGUCAAAGCAUCCUGAACAAUGACACAUAUCAGGCGCUGCAAUGCGCUGCGGGCCAGUCCAUAUCUCGGAUUGGAACCUCAUGUAUUGUUUGCCCAAAUUCUGACAUCGCAGGCGUCGGCGUGAGGGCUGCCUUUUAUAUCCAAAGUCUUUUCAAUAGUAGGUAUCGUUUUAUACAUUCAACCGGACAAUAUUCUAAUUCUGCUUGUUUAGCUCUCCUCGUCAUCCUAUCCCCAGAAGACGCGGCUGCUAGUGCCUGGGCGGGAGCUGUCCUGACCGCUGGUCUUGUGAUCGCCGCUUCGCCUGCGCUAUGGUUUUUCAGCAUCGUUUCUGACGCCGUCUGCAUUAGUUACGCCACCCUCUCCUCCAUCAGCUCUUUGGCUAUCGCGCCCAUGCUCCCCGUAUGGGAACUGCCGGGAGCACGCAGAGCACAUACCCCCCACAGCCAAGAACACCUGGUAGAGGGUAAAGACGCAGUGCUAACGCAUGGAUUACAACAGAACUUUCUCCGCAAGGAACGACGGAAGACACACAACAGACAACGCGCAGCCAUCACUUUCGCACUCCUAUCGCAGGUCGUCUUUCAAUGGGCAUGGGGUUUGUUCCUGUUCGUCGACCCGCACUAUAGCCAGCCCACAUGCAAUCAGGACACAAUCAUAUGGAUCCUCUAUUUCCCGCUCAACGUACGGAACGUCAACGAGGCCGGCUAUGCCGUAUGGCCAGCGUGGCUGUUGUUCUGCCUCGGUGUGACGCUCUUCUACACGAUCGCGCUCGCUGUGUCCAGCGGCGUGCAGACGCACAAGGGCCCCCCGAGGAUCUCGACAAUUUCCAUCGCCAGCUCAAUUCAGAGCGCGCACACAUUUGUGCCCGUGCAGCUAUGCAGGGUCAUGAUGGCGGCCGUUCCGGAAUGGGGCAACGUGCGGGGGAAGACCUUCGUGUGGGGCAACGUCGUCGCGGUGAUCUUGUGGACGUCAUAUAUCAUCAUUUCCGAAUUCCAGAUUCAGUCGAACUGCAUAUAUAGCGGAGAGAACAGCCUCUCCGGCUUCGGCCAGAUCACCUCCGUGUUCCUUGCCUUGACGCCCGUCUGGUCGCUCAUCGUCGCGCUGUACAGACUGCCGGGAAAGCUGCGCAAAGCUGAGCGCGGGCGCGCGAGAGGGCGUGCGCGGGGCGCCGAGGAGCAGUUGCUACUGGCACACCUGGACCACGGGCGAGAAUCAAAGCCCGAGGACUGCGUCGCAUUGAGCUGGCUGGAGGCCCACCGCGUCGUGUGGAACCGGUUAGUGUAUUUUUGCACGCUCCCCGCGGCAAUGAUCGGGUUUACGCUGUCAGUAACUCCGUGCGCUCGAGAUCCGAGCAACGAGGUGUGGAUCUCUGAUCACUCCGCGGCGUCGGAUGCCCCGACUGCGUAUGUCCAAUUAGGCAGUUGAGCUGCGGCUACGGCCUGGGUACGUCCCCUUGCAGCAAGAGUACUGCUGUUCUAUGCGAGUCGACAAAUGAUCAUGCGACUGCAGUCGAAUCGGAUCUAGUAGUGGUCCCUCCGUGAACGCCACCCCGCGACGCGUCGCUGCCUGUUCCGCCUGGGCUUUCCUUACAGUCCCUCUUCUAACGUUUCGGCGAGUAGCUCGGGAGAGUUUCACCCGUUCAGGCUUCCUGUCCUUGAUCUGUGGUUGGAUAUUUUCCAGAAGAUAGUCGCAGCGGGCUCAGUGAACACGGCUAGGUAUGUACAAACGCUUGUGCGGUUCGACAUGUGAAUCGCGCGCUAGGCCUGUUCCGACACUGCUCCCGAUAUGAUCAUUCUUCAA